UACCUAAGCGGCGAAAGUUCUUCGUUUCAGCGGCUGCGAUCGCCCCCUAACCCUACGUGGCAAGAAAUUCGACACUUGGACUCCGAUCCUUCUUCCGUGUCUUCUACUGGUGAAACGUUCCGAGCGCCUCUUCGCUUUCGCGAAGAUUGAAAAGCGAGAGAGAGAGGAGAAGGAAAAAAAAAGAAGAAGCGAAGUUUUUUGAACGGUGAUGGCUGAGCAGGUGGAGGAAUCGAUUCCGAGGGCGGAGCCGAGGUCUUUUGCGGAGAAGAUUCAUAGGAACGAUUCAUCUUCUUCAUCGUCUGAUUCUGGCAACGAUAAAUCGGGAAACUCUUCCUCUGUUAAAACAGGAUUCCGACGAGUUUUCGGGAGGAAGAAGCCCGUUCAUCAGGUCUUGGGUGGCGGCAAGCCUGCUGAUGUAUUCCUGUGGAGAAACAAGAAAAUCUCAGCUGGCAGUCUCGCAGUGGCAACCGCCAUCUGGAUCUUAUUUGAACUGCUGGACUACCAUUUGCUGACUCUGGUUUCCUAUGGCCUCAUUCUCCUUCUCGCUAUCCUCUUCCUAUGGUCCAAUGCAACCUCAUUUAUCAGCAAAUCCCCUCCUUCCAUUCCCGAGAUUAGCAUUCCUGAGGAUCUGACAGUCAACGUCGCCUUAUCGCUGAGAUAUGAGAUAAACAAAAUCUUUGCUUUUCUUUGGGACGCCGUGGCUGGAAGGGACCUGAAGAAAUUCUUAGCUGUGAUUGCUGGUUUAUGGGCUCUUUCAGCAGUUGGUAGCUCCUGCAGUUUCUUAACCUUGUUUUAUAUAGCAUUUGUUCUGCUGCUUACCGUGCCUGUUCUAUAUGAGAAAUAUGACGACAAAGUCGACUUUUACUGGGAGAAGGCGACGGCGGAACUCGAGAAACAUUACAACUUUAUUCAUGAGAAGGUGGCAAGUAAGAUUCCUAAGGCGGCACAAACAAAGGACAAGAAGCAUCAGUAAAGAUAAGGGGGGGUUCUGUCAUUCUGCAAUAAUUGUGUACUAAUUUGGGUAUUUUGGUGUUUUUAUAAUGCAUGGAUCUUUUAACUUUCAUGAUGGAGGUAUAUAAUUUCCAUGAGAUGGAUCAUAGCCAAUCUCAAAUCUGCUAGUUUUUGAGUGCUGGAACAGAGCAUUUGGUUGCUUGUUUUCUGUUUAUGCUGUUUUGAAUGUCAUUAUCGUCAUAAUUACAAAAUUGUUUUA